UAAGUCUCUUUUUGCUGAGGCACACAUGAGGUACCUUUUCAAACAUGUGGGCACCACAGUCACUCACAGUAGGAUAGUAAGAAACUAGUUUCACUAUCUGAGCUGUUUUAUGGCUUACUGUGCAAUAAGGUUGAGAUCAAAGGCCGAUGUGUUAAAAAAAGGAAAGCGCUUCUGCCUGGACGUGUUUGCUGUUGUUCCAGCAAGUACACACCUUUGUUUAAGCAUGGGACAAGCAGAGACUAAAUCUGAGCCUUCACUGGGCACAAGAGGACAGCUGCAGAAAUGGAUAGAAGAGCAUUCACAAGCUGCAGGUCACAUGAGCGAAGUGCGUCAACUGGUUCUGGUGGGUCCCAAAGGCUCUGGCAAGAGUUCUUCAGGAAACAGCAUUCUGGGCAGAGAGGCAUUUAAAACAGGAACCAGAACAUUAAUCUGCCAGACUGAGAUCUGUAAGGUAGAGGAUCACAUUGUAAUUUUAGUGGACACUCCGGCCCUGACCGGUAAAAAGAAUUCUAACCAGGAGGUGACAAGGGUCAUUAAGAAAGCAUGCCAGGAUCUCCUGGAACUGCCGGUCGUGUUUCUGUUGGUAGUGCCAAUGGGAUGGAAUGUGAAGAAGAUCCAGGACUAUAAGCCAGUGCUCAUACAGGCUCUUGGUAACGUGUCACCAGACUAUGUGAUGGUGCUGCUAACCCAUGCAGACCAGAUGGAUCAGCAGGAAGAAACCAUGGAAGAAAGCAUCCUCCGGAAGGGAGGACUGUUGCAGCUGACCACAGGUCGGUGUGGCGGAUGGUCUUACGUGUUAAACAUUGCAGAGAGUAAUCGCACCCAGAUCUUGGAGCUCCUUAAGAAAGUAGACAGGAUGAUGCAGGACAGAAAUCCCAAGGAACAGUCCGGAAAGAAAGACAUGAGUGAAAAGUUGGAUAAACCCCAAACACUGGAGGAAGGAGCUGACUACAGUGUGGCUAUUUCACACCAGAGGAGGAGAGUACAGAAAAGAGUCGACGUCAUCAGAAACAGCGAGAGAAUUAUAGCAGAGAACAAAGGCCUGCUCAGGAAGCUGAGGGAUGACAUAGAGACUUUAGAAGAAGAUCUUAAAGAGGCUGUAGGAGAGGAGCAGAAACAGGCCCUUGUGAAGAAGAUCCAGGUAAAGGCAGAAGACAUAAAGGCCAAGGAGGAAAAAAUUCAGCUCCAUAUCGAAGUACUGCAGACUCUGCAGCAGCAAGUGGAGGAAAAACGGCAUCUCAUCAGUGAAAUGGAGAAAGAGAUGAAGGGGAAAGAGAAGGAAUACGCAAAAACACAGCAGGAACCACCGGAGAGAAAGGAGACAGCAGGACAGAUACACUCCAUCAGGAAGAACUUACAGAAACUGGAAGACCAGUUGAAAAAUAAGAGAGAGGAGGAAGAGGAGCAGACGAGAGGAAGGAAUUUAGAGUACAGAGCACAGCUACAGAAAAUAAAAGAGAACAUGGGGGCUUAAUACAUUCUCCACACUGUUAAUUAACAUUCUGCGUUUUUAAGGUUAUUAAUCAAUUUUUUUUAAAUAGUAAUUUCCUUCAAAAUUUAGAGGACAAAUACUUUGCUUCCACUCCUUACAUUUUAAAAAUAGCCUUGUUGCUCCUACUUCUAUUCAGGUUGUUUUAAUUCCGGCUUCUCAUCAUUUAAAAAUAAAACGUAUCCAGAUGAAUCUCUCCAUCCAGACAGAGUGAAUUUGAUUGUUGUUGGAUGAGAAGUAUAAAUUUAUACCAUUCCAACACUCUAUUGGCUUAUACU